AUGGAUAAACACAAGUAUAGAAUUGAGAUUCAACAAAUGAUGUUUGUCUCUGGGGAGACAAACGAUCCACCUGUUGAGACUACUUCUUUGAUUGAAGAUAUUGUUAGGGGCCAGGUUAUUGAAAUUUUAUUGCAAUCGAAUAAGACAGCUCAGACUCGUGGUAGUAAAAGUAUGUUGCCAGAGGAUAUUAUCUUCUUGAUUCGUCAUGACAAGGCUAAAGUGACUAGAUUGAGAACAUAUUUGUCGUGGAAGGAUCUUCGUAAGAAUGCUAAGGAUCAGGAUUCGUCAGCUCAAACUGGAGGUGGUGCUGGUGGUGCUGGUGUUGAAGAUGAAGUUAAAGGUGAUGGUGAUAAAGAAGAUAAAGAUGGGGCAGCGGUUAUGAAAGUUAAAAAGUCUAAGAUUAAGUUGCCCUGGGAACUUCAAUUCAUGUUUAAUGAACAAGCUUUGGAGAACAACGAUGAUGAGAACGACAUGGAUGAAGAUGAAAGGGAAGCCAAUAUAGCGACUUUGAAAAGAUUGAAAAUGGCAGAUGAAAGAACCAAAAAUAUGACAAAAGAAGAGUACGUACAUUGGUCAGAUUGUCGUCAAGCAAGUUUUACAUUUAGGAAAAGUAAGAGAUUUAAAGAUUGGUCAGGAAUUACUCAGUUAACUGAUGGUAAACCCCAUGAUGAUGUCAUCGAUAUUUUAGGUUUCCUAACUUUUGAAAUUGUAUGUUCAUUAACAGAAACUGCACUUAGAAUAAAUAAGAAAGAACAGAUACUUCUGAGUAUAAAAAAUAAAUCGCAACAACUCAUGCAAGAUUUGAAUUUUGAAACAACGGCAUUGCAUAGGAAGAAGCGACUAUUUGAUGGUCCUGACAAUGUAGUCAAUCCAUUGAAGCCUAGGCAUAUAGAAGAAGCUUGGAGAAUGCUUCAAAAGGAAAGUAUGAGACAAAGGGCUUUGGGGAAUUUCAAAGGUGGCAGAAUAAAUUCUAGAACCAUAAUUUUGUAA